UUUUCUUUUUUUUUUUCUUUUCUUUUGUAGCUCUACAAAAUGUCUUCGGAAAAGAAACCUCGAACAGUAUUUUCAAAGAUUAUCAAUGAUUUAAUUCGAUCUGCUGCUGGACAAAGUGCACAAAAUCUACCUGAUCAAGACUUGGAUAAGCAUGUUGCUGAACUUCUUACUAAUGAAGCUCGAAUCAAGCAGGCAAAAUACAAAACAGAAGGUAUUCAAGCAUACCGUCCAAUUCCUGAAAAGUCAGCCACUCCACAACUCAAACCAAAUAAACGAUUUCUAAUGAAUAUUGUCAAAGCAACCGAUUGUCAUAACCAAGCAGUUAUACGGGCAGCUGAAGAAAAUGCAAGGGCUUUUCAAAAACGACUUGGAAAACAGAAAAGAACAAACAAGAGACAAUAUGCACAACAUGAUGAUGGGACUCCAGAUCAACAGGAAAACGACACAAAACGACAACGAUUUCAAUACAGCGACAGCAGUAGUCAUAGUGAUUUAAGCGAAAGCAGUAACGACGACAACGAUAAUAUUAGCGAAACAAAUAUUGAUGAUAAUGACAUCAAAGAAGCAAAUUCUCAUAUGCGAUAUCGUGGUCGUGGCAAAAUCAGGAACGGAACCUCUAUGGACAAAUACUUUGACGAACAUUAUGAUCCAACAAAAGAUGUUGACUCUGAUCAAGAUAUUGAUAGCAAAAAGGUGAAACGGAAGAACAAGAAGUCACGACAUAGCAAAAGCAGUAGCAAGAAAAAGAAGAAACAUCGAUCCGAAAAGAAGGCUAAAAAGGACAAGAAAUAAGUAGUGAUGUAGACAAUAUAUAAAUUAUAUAUACCAAUAAAG